AACCCUCCUUAACCCCCCUCCGUCACAAAAACCAAUGCCGGGGGGCUGCUCAUACAGCUGCAGUAGCACCAGCAGAUUUCAUGCUACUUCUCUUCCAAAAUCUCAAUCUAUCUAUCUAUCUAUCUAUAAUUCUGGGAACAAAUUGAAAAAUUAAAAAAUCAAAAGCAAUGGACGCUAGAGUAGUAAUUCAAUGCAGUCCAAACCCAAACCCAAACCCACACCCAUUUUUCUUCUCUUCUUCAAGAAGAACACUGCUGCUCAACCAAAUCCGUCAAAAUCUUCUUUUCUCCAGACCUUUCUCACCACUGCCUUCAAACUACAGACCAAAGCUUUCUCGCCAAAAACAGCUCUUUCCCCGAGCUUUUGCCUCCUCAAAUCCAAAUGGGCCAGGAGGUUUCUCGUGGCUGAGCUUGUCCCAGUCAAUUCGCCGCGCUUCCGAGCGUUUCUUGUCGAAAUUUGGCGAUUCGGUGAAGAAAGAAACUGGGUUUGAUUUGGAAGAUGUUAAUGUCAGGGUCUCUGGGAUCGUGGAUCAGAUUCAGGAAAUGGCAAAGAAUGGUGACACUCAGUUUAACCGGUUCAGGUCUGAGUUGGUUCCUGAGUUCAUCCAUUGGAAUAAGUGGGACCGGUGGAAGGAUGUCAAGAAUUGGGAUCCUAAAAGAAUUGGUGCUUUGGUGCUCUAUAUUUUUGUUGUGUUAUUUUCUUGCCAAAGAGUGUAUAUGGCAUUUCGAGCUCCAUCCAUAGCCCGUCGAAGAAAAGAAUUGACUGAUGCAUAUAUGGAGGCAUUGAUUCCUGACCCAACUCCCACUAAUGUUAGGAAGUUUAAAAAAGGUAUGUGGAGGAAAACAACCCCCAAAGGUCUAAAACUGAAGAAGUUCAUUGAAGGCCCUCAUGGAACACUUAUUCAUGAUAGUUCUUAUGUUGGGGAAGAUGCAUGGGAUGAUGAUCCUGAGUCCCCUCAGGACAAUUUGAGAGGAAUCAUAGAAAAAGAUGUAAAAUUGGACACAGAAGAAAAAAAGGUGCUAAGCAAAGACUUGAGAAUUUCAGUUGAAAAUCAAGAAAGUAGGGGAACAUGGCGUGAGAGGCUUCAAACAUGGAAGGAAAUUCUUAGAAAAGAGAUAUUAGCUGAGCAAUUAGAUUCAUUAAAUGCUAAGUACGUUGUUGAAUUUGACAUGAAAGAGGUGGAAAACAGUCUUCGCAAAGAUGUGGUGGAAAAGGUCACAAACACUCAAGGAACCCGGGCAUUGUGGAUUUCUAAAAGAUGGUGGCGCUACCGUCCAAAACUUCCUUACACAUACUUUCUUCAAAAACUCGAUUCCUCUGAGGUUGCUGCUGUAGUCUUUACAGAGGACCUAAAACGAUUGUAUGUAACGAUGAAAGAAGGCUUCCCGUUAGAAUAUGUCGUUGAUAUUCCACUUGAUCCUUAUUUGUUUGAGACUAUCUCAAAUUCUGGAGUUGAAGUUGAUCUUCUUCAGAAGCGGCAGAUACAUUACUUUCUAAAAGUUGUAAUUGCACUACUACCUGGGAUACUGAUUUUGUGGUUAAUAAGGGAAUCUCUGAUGCUUCUGCAUAUUACCUCCAAGCGAUUUCUAUAUAAAAAGUAUAAUCAACUAUUUGAUAUGGCUUACGCAGAAAACUUUAUCAUGCCAGUUGAAGAAGUUGAUGAAACAAAAUCCAUGUACAAAGAAGUGGUAUUAGGUGGUGAUGUCUGGGAUCUUUUGGAUGAGAUAAUGAUUUAUAUGGGAAAUCCUAUGCAAUAUUAUGAAAGAGGCGUAAAGUUUGUUCGGGGUGUUCUUCUGUCUGGACCUCCGGGAACAGGUAAAACACUUUUUGCACGGACGCUGGCAAAGGAAAGUGGGAUGCCUUUCGUUUUUGCUUCUGGUGCAGAGUUUACAGAUAGCGAAAAAAGUGGUGCUGCACGAAUUAAUGAAAUGUUUUCUAUUGCUAGGAGGAAUGCCCCUUGUUUUGUAUUUGUGGACGAAAUUGACGCUAUUGCUGGUAGACAUGCACGAAAGGAUCCACGAAGAAGAGCAACAUUUGAGGCUCUGGUAGCACAGCUUGAUGGAGAGAAAGAAAAAACUGGUGUUGAUCGAUUUUCACUGAGACAGGCUGUGAUAUUCCUCUGUGCUACUAAUAGGCCGGAUGAACUAGACCUAGAAUUUGUUCGCCCUGGCCGUAUUGAUCGUCGUUUAUACAUUGGUCUACCUGACGCAAAGCAGCGGGUGCAAAUGUUUGGUGUGCACAGUGCAGGAAAGCAGCUUGCUGAAGAUGUUGAAUUUGAACAUCUUGUUUUCCGAACUGUUGGUUAUUCUGGAGCAGAUAUAAGAAAUCUUGUGAAUGAAGCAGCAAUAAUGUCUGUGAGGAAAGGACAUUCUAAGAUCUACCAGCAAGAUAUCAUUGAUGUGUUAGACAAACAAUUGCUUGAGGGUAUGGGUGUACUUCUCACGGAGGAAGAGCAACAGAAAUGUGAACAAAGCGUAUCUUUUGAAAAGAAGAGACUACUGGCAGUACAUGAAGCUGGCCAUAUAUUGCUGGCACACUUGUUUCCUCGAUUCGAUUGGCAUGCUUUUUCUCAACUCUUGCCAGGUGGCAAGGAAACUGCAAUAUCUGUAUUUUACCCUAGAGAAGAUAUGGUUGACCAAGGUUAUACAACCUUUGGCUAUAUGAAAAUGCAAAUGGUUGUAGCUCAUGGUGGGCAUUGUGCUGAACGGGUUGUCUUUGGUGAUGACAUAACUGAUGGAGCAAGGGAUGAUCUAGAAAAAAUUACAAAGAUUGCUCGAGAAAUGGUAAUAAGCCCUAGAAAUGUGAGGCUGGGGCUUACUGCAUUGACAAAAAGAGUUGGACUGGUGGAUCGACCAGAUAAUCCUGACGGCGAGCUGAUAAAAUACAAGUGGGACGACCCUCAUGUGAUUCCUGCCAAUAUGACAAUGGAAGUUUCAGAGCUAUUUACUCGAGAAUUGACAAGGUACAUUGAAGAGACACAAGAACUUGCAAUAAAAGGUUUGAUGGAUAACAGGCACAUACUGGAUAUGAUUGCAAGGGAACUACUGGAAAAGUCAAGGAUAACUGGAUUGGAAAUUGAAGAGAAAAUAAAAGGAUUUUCUCCAAUUAUGUUUGAAGAUUUUGUUAAACCUUUCCAGAUAAACUUGGAAGAGGAGGGACAGUUGCCUCACAAUGACCGUUUGCGUUAUCAACCGUUGGACAUAUAUCCUGCACCACUGCACAGAAGUUAAAGCACUAGUGUGUGUCUCCCCAUUUGCUUUAUCAACUGUUGGACGCGUAUCCUGCACCAUUGCACAGAUGUUAAAGCACUAAUGUGUGUGUGUGUUCUUCCAUGUGAAUCCACUGUUGGUGGCAAUGGCAUUGGCUAUUUGUGAUGGUUGCUUUGGUUGCUCGGUGAGGGAAUGGUUGCUUUCAUUGCUGGUUUGAGGGAAUGCAAUUGCUAUCUGCUGACAAGCCAAACAACCAGAGUAACUCUGUUUACAACCAAAUACAACUUAUACUAGUUGAAGCCAAUUAGCGAAUGAACUCCAGGACCAGGGCAGCUAAUGUAGACUGAGAUUAGGCAAUGUCUCUGUAAACAUGCUGAAGCAGCAGCAUAUUGUGUUCAUUAUAUUUACAACGAUCAAUCUUCUCAUGCACAAUUACUCUAUGAAUGUUAAGUAACAAUAUUGAAUCUUAAUCUUCUUGAAAUGUUGAUGAUUCUUUUAACUUCUCAA